CUUCACUUUCGUUGCUUGCAUCUCAGUUGCCACGCAUGCGCUCCUUCCUCUUCCUCACACCUGCCCUUGCAGGUGCAAGUGCUAUCCUCUAUCAGUCCACUCCGUCAUGCAAGUCAACACCUUUAGACUCCUUAUGGCCCUCUGAGGAUGACUGGGCGUCACUCAACACCACCAUCAAAGGGUCAUUGCUGCGCACUAUCCCCGCAGCUUCUGCCUGUUGGCACGGUAACCCGUUCGGCUCAACAAUCUCUUGCGAGACUGCGACUGAUAAGUGGUUCAACGGCACCUGGCACUCUCAGCAACCAGAGUCUAUCGACUACCAGAUCUAUGCAAACAACACAUGUUUGCCAAAAGACACCGCUGGAUACUCGGCUGAGAGAGGCUGCAGUAUUCGCGCUUUCCCUCAGUUCAUUGUCAAUGCGACAGAGGAAGCACACGUGGCGUACGCCAUGAAGUGGGCAUCUGAUCGCGAUAUUCGUGUCGUGGUGAAGGGUACUGGGCAUGACUUGAACGGAAGGUCGAGUGGUGCGUACGCACUGGCGAUCUGGACUCGAAACUUCAACGACAUCAAGCGUGACACUGCUUGGACGCCCUUGAACAGCAAUGACUCAACGGCCGAAGAUGUUUUUGUUGUCGGCAGUGGCCAACAGUGGGGCAACGUUCUCAGCCUCGCAAUGAGCCAAGGCCGAGUCGUGACUACCGGACAAGACCCGAGUGUUGGCCUAGGUGGUUACAUCCAGGGUGGAGGUCAUGGACCGUUGUCUCGCACCUACGGUUUGGCAUCGAAUCAGGUCCUCCAGCUGACUGUAGCUACUGCCACUGGGAAGGUGCUCAUUGCAAACGCAAUGCAGAAUCAGGAUCUCUUCUGGGCUCUUCGCGGUGGUGGACCAGGACAGUACGGUGUUGUGACCGAGUAUGUCAUUAAGCACUACCCGGCGCCUAGCAACGUCACGCUGGGUAUUCUGGGGAUCAAACCUAGAUUUAGUACCAACGUCAGCCACGAAGCAUCUUGGACCACCGCUGCCGCGUUCCUUGGCCACCUGCCAGACCUUAUGGACGCACAGCUUGCGGGCGCAGCGACUGUCUCCACUGGUAACGCCGCGCCAAAGUUCUUCCCGGACCUUGCAUCACAGCAGCCUUUCCAUGGUGUUGCACUCAAUCAGGUCUUCUGGGCGUUCAAUACCACCCCUGCGGCAGUAGAAGCGCUUCUGCGACCAGUCAUCGCCGAACUCAACCCAGGGAACAGCUCCAACAGCUCCGUUGCCAUCUCCUUGAGCAUUUCGACUUUCGACAACUACACUGCCUUCUUCUCGGUCAUCUCAGGCGAUAACGCUGCCGGAGGUGAGAGCGUAACAUCCUCACGCCUUCUCGGGCGCCGUGAACUCGUAGACACGCCACAAUUAGACAUCGUCAGGUACCUCAAAAUCGCUAUGGCAAGCCAAAACUCCACGGAGGGUACAUACGCCACCAUAGGUCUGCAAGGCGGCCCUGGCGUACGUAACACCCAUGAAGAGCGCUGGGGAGCCCUGCUUCCCGCCUGGCGCACAGCUUACCUGCACUUUAUCUCCACUGGCGCAACUUCCGAUUCUGUGGCUGCUGGCUCACCGAAGAAAGCUUUGGGUGACGCCGCGAAGUGGUACGAAGAGACGAGGGAACCGAUGUGGAGGAAGUGGGCACCGGGAAGUGGUGCAUAUAUGAAUGAGGCUAACCCUUUCAACAAGAACUUCGCAGAGGACUACUACGGCGAAGGAUACGAGAGGCUAAGAAGCAUCAAGGCGAAGUACGAUCCGAAAGAGAGCUUGUUCGUGUUGGCGGGCGUAGGAAGCGAUGCGUGGGAGUAUGAUCUGGAUACCGGCAGGCUUUGUCGUGUUCAAAAUAGUACUACGACCGCCUGAUAAAUAAUGUAGGAAGUCCCUGUCAGCUUUAGCUUCGAGUAGAAGAGGUUGACAAAGGAGGAUGAACUUCGUGGUCGUUGCCUAGUAUCCCUGUCAGAAUUGCAUGAAUUCGACG